AUGGAUUACGAUACCAAGACACCUCAGUCCAUCACCUCGGACGUCAACUCGUUCGCGAACGACUCGGUUCGCAACCGCUGGCCUGUCAUUCUCACACAAGCCAUCGAUGAUGUUCACCGCACCGUGAACACGCUCGAGAACCCUGAGGCUCAGGCCGAGGGCAAGAAGAUCAUCGAGGAGCUCGGCACCCUCAAGUACGAGGUGUUGCACGACCGCAAGCUCACACCAAUCGUCAACGACGAGUACCCCGAGGAGGUCGAGGCCUACAACAGGGAGAUCGAGCAGCGUGGUAACCCAUCAUGGCUCGACGUGCCAUGGCUGUUCUCCGAGUGCUACAUGUACAGACGCAUUAGCACCUUCUUCAGUCUCUCGACCCACUGGAAGGAUUACGAUAUCUUCGCCCGCCAGAAGAUGGACACCUUCCGUACCUCGCGCAAGGCUGUCCUCGAGCUCGCCACCCGCUACAGGGAGCUCGUCAACCAGCUUGCCGCUGACAAGAACGCCACCCACGACAUUGAGGCUGAGAAGCUCCUCUUUGCCGAGUUCUUCGAGAUCUGUCUUUGGGGCAACGCCACUGACCUGUCCCUCCUGACCAACCUCACCUACGAGGAUAUCCAGAAGCUUCAGGGCUCCGAGGCGCGUAAGAACGCCGAGAAGAACAUCCUGAUCAACAACCUCCCCCAGGCCUACGAGCUCCUCAAGAAGGCCCAGCAGGACGGCCAGACUGAGCGACGCGUUGACAUUGUCCUCGACAACGCGGGCUUUGAGCUGUACGUCGAUCUGAUUCUCGCUGGCUUCCUUCUCGCAUCUGGCCUAGCUACCCAGAUCGUCCUCCGUCCCAAGUCCAUCCCUUGGUUCGUCUCGGAUGUUCUGCCUAGCGACUUCAGCGCCCUGCUCAACGCCAUCUCUGACCCCAAGACCUUCUUUGAGACCCCGUCCGACGAAGAGAAGUUGCAGGACAAGACUCCCGCGCCGCUGGCCGGUACCGAGGAGGAUGACCUGAAAUUUGUCUUCCAGCACUGGGCGCAGGCUCACGCCGAUGGUCAGCUGAUCAUGCGCCCUCACCGCUACUGGACCCGUGGCGGCAGCUUCUGGCGUCUCCCCAAGGAGGCCCCUGAGUUGCAUGAGGACCUCAAGCCCGCUCAGCUUGUCAUCUUCAAGGGUGAUCUGAACUACCGCAAGCUGACUGGCGAUGCUCACUGGGAUACCACCACACCAUUCACCGAGGCUAUUGGUCCUCUCGGCCCCGGCUCUGGCGUCAACGUUCUGUCGCUACGCACAUGCAAGGCCGACGUCGUCGUGGGCCUCAAGCCUGGCCAGGACGAGGAGCUCAAGGCCCUCAACGGCCAGGACCCCAACGACAAGGCCAGGAAGUGGGCGUGGUACGGAAAGUGGGCUGUUGUGUGCUUGUCGCAAGGAAACUAA